GUGCCACAACUAUCGCUCCGAUUGGGCAGUAAAUUACGGCACUCACACAUCCAGGAGGGUAACGAUGUUUACUUCGAGUGCAAUAUACGGGCCGCGCCGUGGGUUACAGAGAUUAGGUGGUGGUUUGAGGGCAAAGAGAUCCACACCAACACAUCGGCGGGUGUUAUCGUCAGCAACCAAUCGCUAGUACUUCAACGCGUCCAACGGCUACAGAGAGGACGCUAUACCUGCAGUGCUGUCAACACUGAAGGCGAGGGCGAAAGCAAUUCAGUGCACCUCAGAGUACAAUACGCGCCCGUCUGUAAGCCAGGCCAAAAGAUACUGUACGGCGCGGCCAGACAUGAAUCGGUGAAAAUCUACUGCGAGGUUGAGGCCGAUCCGCCCGAAGUGAACUUCCGGUGGGGUUUCAACUCGUCGGGCGAGCAAAUGGAGAUCAUGAACCACGUGACAGAGGGCUCGACCAGUGUGGCCACGUAUAUGCCUCGCACUGAGUUUGAUUACGGGGCCCUUUUCUGUUGGGCUCGCAAUUCCGUGGGCACACAACUAGAGCCGUGCACUUUCACUAUCAUACCCGCGGGUCCGCCCGAUUCGGUGAAGAACUGCACUGUAAUGAAUGUGACGGAAGACUCAAUCAAAGUAGACUGCGUGGAGGGCUAUGACGGCGGACUCCUUCAGCACUUUAUACUUGAGAUUCACGACACGAUUCAACAUAAACUGAAGGCCAACAUCAGUAACGCGUGGCCGUCGUUCACAGCCAAACGUCUUCCGUCGGGCAGUAGUUUCCUGAUUGUCAUAUACGCGGCCAACACUAAGGGCCGAUCCAAAGGGGUCGCUCUCACGGCCACCACAUUAUCACUGCCAGAAUCCAUGAAUAGAUUGGGCAGAGGCAAUGUCUGGCAAUUAAGUUUCAGUCCAGUGCUGGCCGUACUAAUAGCCAUAGUGUUCGCACUCGUCGUCAUUGCCUUUGUUAUCGUAAUCGUUAUGAAGUUUAAGUCCAGUUCUGCUCGACUUCGCAAUGAAAGAGCAAAAAACCGUAAUAUGAAAGACAAGACAACUAUCGCUAUAAGAAAGAGCGUGGAUGAGAUUUGCGAUGUGUGCACUUGUGGGGGUGACCAGGAUGAUAAAUGCCCAGAUAUUAUUCCAGCCAAUUGUCCGCCACAUCCAGUGUUUAGUACAUUACAGCACCCGAGAAGGGUUCGGGUGUUACCCCCGCACGCCAUCAGAUCCAACGAUGACAUCAAUACACACCAACACACAGAUGUCUGA